AUGCACUUCUCCACCGCCGCGACUGUCGCCUUCCUCGCCGCUGCCGCCAACGGCCUGGCCAUUUCGCAGCGUGCCACCGAGCACAAGGUCUACGUCGACACCUCCGACUGCUCCGACAACGCGCACACGCUGCCCCAAGUCCUGGGCAUCAGCAACAGCACGGGCGAGGACUACCUGACGCCCGAGCGGUUCGACGGCCCCACCUACACCUUCACGGUGCCGGCGUACUACCAGGGCGAGCUGUACCUGCACGACAGCGCGCAGCCCAACCGCACCGCCGACGACCUGCAGACCAUCGACUUCUACUUCUACAACCCGCCGUCCGAGGGCGAGCUGAACCAGGUCACCAUCAGCAGCGCCUGGGACAAGCACGUCACCGAUGUCAUCACGGCUGUGCGCUUUGCCAGCUCGCCCGAGACGGACUACCUGAACGGCGAGAACCAGGGCUCGCUGCAGUCGGAUGACCCGAACGACGCCAUCUACGUCUACUACUGCAAGACCUGGCCGUUGCGGAACUAG